AUUCAUUCCGGGUCACCAUUGGCUGAUCGGAGGCAAUCCUGUCAUUAAGAUGUUGUCAGAAGGAAUUCUAUAGGCGUGGGCCGUCCCGGAGACUGUGUGUUUUAGACUUUCCGCAGAGGAGGGCAUUCUAUUGGCUAUGGGAUCAGGGGAACGAGGACGUUCCUUGACACCUCGUCAAAUAUCAAAGUAGCACAGGGAGCCCCCGGGGUUAAAUGUAAUCCCCGCACGGCAUCGAAAAUGACGAAGGUUCCCCCGGGGUUGGAUCUCGGCUUCUUAAGUGAAGAGGAGGCCAGGAAGAUCCUCGAAGUCCUGGAAAGAAACGAGGAGCUGCAGAGGGCGGAGAAGGACAGGAUCAGCAAACUCCAAAAGACCAAGAGAGAUAUCCGAUGGCUACAAGGAGUGACUGGUGAAUGGUUUGAAGAAAUUCAGAGGAAGAAAUUCCGCGAAUGCACUGAUGUCAACAGCAUGUUAAAACCUCCGCUAACAUACCGACUGAGGAAGAUGAUGAAAAAUGACCCUGUGGAAUUACCGACGUCACGAUCAAAUCAUCCGCCGGCUGAAAGUCACGCCACCUCCACUCCUUCCAUCCUGGGCUUCCAUUCUCCUUUUGCUUCGUUCUUUUCCUUCCGGAAGUCGGGGAAAGAGAGUUUGAAGCCUUCCCAGCUGCCACAGCCAGGAUAUAAUGUCUUCGCCGAAACUGAUGUUCCAGCAAGGGGAAAAGUUGAGGACGAAAUGUACCACCUGAAAAGUGAAUCCGCUGGCAGCGGGUUUGAUCCCGAAGGAGCCGAAAUGAGAGAGGAAGGUGACCUGCCUCCGUGGGAAACCAUGGACCUGGAGCAUGAGCUUUUUCGUGUUUUAGAUGAUUUGGACUGCAAGCUGGCCGAAGAACAAACUCUGAGCGCGGGGAAUAUCGAGCCUCCUUUCGAUCAUGGGGCAGGAACCCAGUUUAGUCAUUUAUUCCCUAGGCGGAACGCAGCCGCCAAUUUCCCGGGACAGUACAGGAGUAACUACAGUGAGGCUUCUAAUAUGUCCAUCUACGAUCUCUUAAGGCCAGCGGCUUCCCGAGAAGGUUUUCAAACUGUCUCCUACAGGACAAAGUCACUUUACGAUAUAUAUGGGACGAAGGACCCCGGCCUCUCCGGAGGAGUCGGUGUGGCCCCCAACACCUUGGGCAGCUCUUCUCUGUGUACUGAAUCUAGACGGCGAACCGCCUUUCCUGUUUUGGGACGUUUCACGGCCUGCAGCUUGCACCUUCCGUCUCCAACUCAGACGAAGAGCGGAUUCGCACCCCGAAUCCACCAGCAGAAUCCAAAGAGGACCCCGUUGUCCUCUAUCGUCUGGAACAAUUCCCCUCGUUCCGGAGACUUCCAGAAGCAGGGAGAGCAUCCGAAGGCGGAGUGGCCAAUGGAAGUCGGUUGCUCGGACGAGGAAGCGUAUCCCCGCUGGCUUCAGGAGAACGGGAAGUAUGAAUUUUACCGCUCAAAGACGGUCUUCAGGAGCGGAGGACCAACCGCCCCCAGGGCUCGAACAUUCAGCCGUCAGCCCUUAGAUAAUUCUGAGAACACGCCACUCUAUCCCUGGGAAAACAAGUUCUCUAGGUCUUGCCCCAGACGCUCCUUUGGGUCGGGCAGUCUCCGAAGGUUCAGAGGGGGCCCUGUUCCUGCAGCCUCAGUGGAAGACCGUCCUUUCUGGCCCGACUCUUGUCCCGGCAGCGUUCCGGCCGACGGAGACUCUGAAAUGAUUUCAAAUGAGGCGAACGACUGGCCCUCUCCGGAGACUCUCAGAGCGGUCCCACCUUCCCGGCAGUGGAGGGCCUGUGCUGGGCCAGCGGCGGCCAAUGUUUCUAAAAGCCAGAUGGAGUCCCGAGUUCGAGAGGUGGGUUUUCAGACGGACCUGUCGGAGAGCUGGGAGACCCUAACGUCCAUGCAGGGGAGGAAGGAAUACCGGUUCACCUUCUCCAGGAAUUCUGAGUCCAUCUCUCACGCUACCACACCCGUUUUCCCCCAUCUGGAUUUCGGGAAAGCGAAUGUAGUCACAGAAACUCACGUCCCGGAAGCCGAUCGGGAUACGGAGUCAGCGGUCCAGAGCCCCCUAAAUGGCACGGGAGGUCUUCGGGGCUCGACUUCUGAGAGCGUUUCGGUUACCUUCCCGGGCGUUAAAGUGAGUGAGCCUGAUGAACCCUCCUCCCUUGGUAGAAGAGAUCUCACAAAACACCUCGCUCCCAACAGGGAUUCUGUCACUUCGCUGUCUGUUGCUCAAAGCCAACCAAGCACGUCGUUCACACGGGUGGACAUCGAGAAAGCCUCUAAGGAACGCGGUUCCGAAAAGGUGGAGGUGCUAGAUGAGACGAGCCAGGAAAGCGUGACGGGUGCAACGUUACAACCCAUUGCUCCCCCGGUGAUCUCUGCCACUCGCCCAGAUUUCCAGAAUUCUCUCUCCAGAGACCCUACCAGCGAGCCAACAGACAGAUUCGUUUUCAGUGCACCUACCACUGCAGUUUCAAGAAGGCCAAUCAGAGUCCCCGCCAGGAGAGACAUUUCAAAAAUGUACCUCACCAACAGAGAUAAAAAAAAUGCACUUAAAAAAGAGGCCGAACACGGCGGGGGCAGCAAACUCGAUCCUGGAGCUUCCUCUCCCUCGGCUGAUGAAAACAGAACUCGGAUAUCUUUUCCCUCCCCAGAUCGAUGUGACCCACAGGGUGCAGUAAUACGUCAUGGAGAUUUUAGGGAAAGAAAUGAGGAGAACAGGCCAUUAGAAUCUUCUGGAAGACCACCCGCCCAAUCUCAGGAGCACAUUUUACUUUCACAAGCGGAGGGUGAACAAGGUAAUGCAUUUAAAAGCGCCGCUGUUUGUUCUACCGUCCGUAGCGAUUCCCGCACAGACCUUACUGUCCUACGACUCCAUCCUCCAGGACUGUCACCUCAUGGCUUUCAAGGUUCUUUGCCACCUUUUUCUCAUCAUGGCUCCUCCCUUACUCCAUCCGUAAUUUGCGGCACAGAAGAGAAAAUACAGCCAACGAAGAGCUCUUCAGUAAAAAAUGAAGAAAAAACCAACUCUCCGAGUCUGGGCCGGUGUCCUUUCAGUCCGGGAAAAGGGAAGGGGAGAGUAAGGCGCCGCGUAUCUUGUAUUGAACAAUUAAGCAAGCCAGAAAACGUCUUGACAAAGGAAAUUUUCAUCAGUUCUGCCCCUGCUCUUCAUCAAACUGAACCCAGUUCUCCUGAGCCUAUCACAGUGUAUUGCACCUUACCAAGAAAGUCGCCCAGUUUCUUUUUUGACACUUUUCUAAAAUCGGAAAAAAAGAGGAUGCCCAACUCAGCCAGAGAAGGGCCCCCUCCAUUCCGAGUCCAAAAGGAUCAAGAGGAUCCCGCAGAGAAACUCUUUUUCGGUCAAGUGGAUCCCCGUUCCACCGAGGCAGGAAAUAAAUGCCCUGAUGGUUUCCAUCCAGUCCCUGCUCCCCAGAGUAGAGGCCCUAAUAAGACAAUUGCAUGUUCUGUUCCUGCUAGAACAGGACCACCUCCAUUCCAAGUCAAAAGGACCGUGGAAAGUUGCUCGGAGGCACAUUCAUUAGGUAGAGCCGAUCAAAAAAACAAGACUUCUGUUUCCAUAACAGAAGCAGAUUCUUCUCCAUCAGCUGGGCCAGUUAAAGCCACUUUUCACACGCAGGGAAAUCUCCCAUCGAUCCAGGAUUCCUCUCUACCUCCAGUCAGAGGUCUUAACCAAGAAGCGAGUCUUCAUACCUGUUCCAAAAGUGACAGUACAAUGUCUACAUCCCACACAGCUGAAUCGGAAGAUGAAUUUUCACUCACAGAUGAAAAGCACUCCUCUGAACCCUCAGAAAUGUCCAAGAUGGACACCGGAAGUAGCCUGCAGAAAUAUAAGACCACGAGCACGCUUACUAUUUCAGGGGAUGAAGAUAAUGUCAAAUGUCUUGAGCUGGUUUCAAUUUAUUACACUUUACCACGGAGGCAGUCCAAAAAAAUUUGUCACCUCCUCCAGGGUUACACAGAAAAUGGCGAUGCACCCACCGAAACGUCCCCCGGGAUCGGUCACCAAAGAUAUGAAUUUUCUGUCGAUGUAGCGGGUGCAGCUGUCCCUACUGCUUUAGGAGACGAAGGCGUUGAAUCCCCUCCUCAAAUCCUAACAGGAACUACUUCUUUGGAUCUAAAGGCUGCAGUUAGCCCUGCUGAAAAGGACACCGAUUCCCAUUCUCACUGUAAUGAAACAGCGGCUAUUUGGCAAUUACCAAGCCCUGAACAUUCUAGGCCAGAGAAGCCUUCAGAGCAAUCAUUGCAGGGAUCUGCAACUGCAUUUCCUCUCGCAGUUGACACUGAAGUUUCUCUUUGCAAAAAAGAAUCUAACAGCCCAAGGGAUUGUUCAGUUAGAGCAAUCUCCGAGGAUUCGCUUAACAAAACAGUCGGUAUAUGCUUUUCCUUCAUUCCUACAAGUCCACAAAGAGAGGAUCAUUUCCAGACGGAAAGGGCGUUUACUCCUAGCUCAUCAACAGCCCCUAUUGCCGAACAUCCUUCAGAAGAAAGCCCCGGAACCGUGGAAGUAAGAGGAGACAAAGGUCAGCAGAUUUUUCACUCGCCUCCCUUAGAUAAGGUGAACCACACUUUUCAUCCGAAAGGAGGGUUCGCCAACUCCGCACUUAAAUACGCCACCGUUACCUCUACCGGAUGGAGAAAAAAAUAUGAUAAGGACAUUAACCCGAAAGAAAUCUCAAUACCCGAAGCGGUAGCCUACUUUGAUUGUUCCCCUAAUUUGCAGCCAAUGACAGAUGACCAAAAAAUUUCCAAUAAGAAGCGUUCAGAUUCCCAGAGUAAAGCUUUUCCCCGCUCGGCAGCUUCUCUGGCUAAAUCCAACCCUCAGCCCGAGGGGACAGAUAACAAUCGUCAGCCUGACUUAGCCAACCAACAGACUGAACCAAAGCAAAGUUGUCGGGCCGAUCGAAACAACCAUGGGUUCCCUAAAGAGGAAGGUGAACAGGCCACCGACCCUAAAGGUAAAGAGGCGAGAAGCACAGGUGAUCGAGGCUCACCUUCCAGGACAGUGAAUAGAAAUAAAUCCAACUUGGUUUGUCCUAAAGACAAAAACGGUGAACUAGAGAAAAGGAAAAACAGACCUUCAGUUAAACAUAAACUGGAAGCUAUGUCCAAGAGUCGCAGAAAAUUUUCUACCAAAGAUAUAAGCUCCAGAAGGCACGUUGCUAGUAUAUUUCCAAGGCGUGAAGAUGGUACAGUGACUCCUGACGGGUCACGGGACACCCCGCUUCCCCCUAAUCCCAUCUCACUGGUUCUGGAGACCACCAAAGAAAACCAGAGUCAAAGUCCAUGUUCUGAUGAAGUUUCUUCUCUUGUGCCCCAAACACCAGAUUUGGAUAAGAAUGAGCCUCCUGCCCAGAAUGUUUCCGAUUCCAGCCGGAAUUCUCCUACACGCGGAGAAACCCAGCAAGAUACAGCCAGCCGUUCCAAAAGAAACACAGACAAAGGAGACAGCGUCACAGAUUCUCCACCCAACGGGGGAAGCUCUAAAAAGAAAAUAACUGAAAGAAGUGAGAAGAAAGAAACAACCUUCGAAAAAGAGCUCGAAACCCAGGCGCGGCCCAUUCUUGACAACUUAACGGCAGUAGAGCUCGCUGAUCCUCAGACCCGACUGAGCCCUUCGACCUCGCUACCGUUCGAUGCCGAUGCAAAAUACGGAAGAUCUUCCGAUAGCAGCUGGCCAGAAAGCAGCCUCUCACCUCCAAGUAUCAAGAUCUCUUGGGAAUGGGAGCCAGAGCCAAGUCUCUAUCGUUCAAAGAGUUUAAAAAACCUAAGUACCCCUGAGAGAAAGCUAGGCCCAAAUCUUCAGAGAUCCCGCGAGCGCCAUUUUUCUGAGGAGGCUUCUGCCGGCAAGGCCCCAAGCAGCAUGACCCUCGGGAACGAAUUCCCCAUUGGCAGUGCGUACAAGAGAAGAUUCCAGUCUUUUUCAGAGGUCUCCUGCGAUGAAAAUGAAAAGUGGGCGAUGUGCAGCCAGAGAACCAGAACCAGCGGUCCUAGAUCCGUGACGUAUAUCUCCAGGCCGAUUGACUACGGGAUUUUUGGGAAAGAACAGCAGGUGGCUUUUUUAGAGAACGUUAAGAGAUCGCUCACGGAAGGAAGACUGUGGAGACCCUGCUUUCUCAAAAAUCCGGGCUUCCUGAAAGAUGAUUUGAACAGUUCUCCCCACCGAGACGACUCCCUCAGCUCCGCUUCUCCCGGUAGCCAGGGGUCAGUGGAUGGCUUGUCUCCGAGAGAACCCCUCAACAUCUAUCAAGAUGUCACAGUGGAUGAUUCAGAUGCUGACACUGACACGACGACGGACGACGAAUAUUAUCUGGACGAAAUCGAUAAGGAGUCAGAACUGUGAUUCCGCUCACACGGGGACACGAGUACAACCCUUUCACCGACAGACUUGGGAACAGAGAGAAAAUUAUGUGGUAUAUCCACAUAAAGGUUAGGAGAGGAAACAGCUACUACGAACCGUCUCUUCUUAGACAUAGCAAACUCCCUGGUUUUCAUGCACUCGUGUACUUCUCUGAACGCCGCAUAAACAAUGAGGGCGAAUUUGCCUUUUGUCAACCAGCGUGGUUGUCUAGCAUUUCUUUGGGAAGUUUUAUGCUUUGCCUUCUUUCACCUCCACCUAAGAUUAUUUCUUUGGCUGUAGUCUCAACCUUCUUCCGUUCUCCAAUUUCAUAAUUUCAUAGUCACUGUAUUUCUUAAACAUUUACUGUAUGGGGAACAUAGUGCUGAGCGCUAAAAAGAAUGCACGGGGGGAAAUUAGACAGACACAUUGGUGGGGAAGGAGGAGGGGUCACAAUCCACCAACUAACCAAUUUCAUCCUUCUGUUUUCUUUCGUCUUCUGUCUUCCUUUAACUCUCUCCUCCUCCAUUUCCCUUCACUGUUAACACUAUUGAGAUUCAGGCACCCAGUAGCUUCUCAGACAUCCCAAACAACUUUCGUGCUAUCUGUAAUCUCGCAAGCACACCCGAGCACUCACAGCACUAUAAAAGAUGAUGGCGGUAAUAGUGCCGAACUCUUCUCCUUUUGAACAACAUGUAUGAAACCUCCCCAGAGGAGGAUGAUUUUUCUCGCCUCGUCUCCUUAAGGUUUCAGUGUUUAAUUUCAUUUUGAAAACUUGAGGUGGGGGCCUUUGCUUCAGUUGUGUCCUAAAAGGGUUUCCCAAGUGGACAAAUAGUGAAUGGAUUAUGUGAGAGGACCGAAACUCACGUUAACAAAAUGAAAGGUCGAGACCCAAGAGUGACCUAAUGUGAACUCCUGAGGCUUACUUAGUUUUAAUGACAAUGUCCCUGCUCCUGCUCAUAAAAGAUAUGCUUCUCCCAUGAGCCCAGAGCCACCACCGUCCCUUAAAACUCCCACAUACUUUCCUCAGGAGUCGAAAGCCAUCAUUCCCGAUGGGUUGCUAACCGAAUGAACACAGAAGGAGGAAAGAGGCCUAUUGACAAAAGGCUGAAAGCCCAAGGCUCACACAUCCCCUUGUCAAAGCUGCUUUCACUCCCCUGGCUAUAUCUAUCUGUGGAGCCAUGAUCACCAUCUUGUUUCUUGGCAUCUUUCUUGAGAGAGAGAGGAGUUUUAUGUUACUAUUCUGUCGGUGCUCCUCAUGUUUCCUGUUGUUUUAGCUGGAGAGCUGGUUGUAGAAUGACCUCGUUGAGAAAUAACUGGAUACACAUUAGCAGAAUUAUACAAGGAAAACCUCCAAUUGCCUACUCGUGCUCUCUAGGUGUCAUUAUUAUGUGAACAGAUGUUGCUGUCGGCCAGUUUGUUUAGCUCCUUUAGAGUUUGGGCUUUUGAUUUUGGUUUGUUUUGGGUUCCUCUGGUUUUCCUUGUUUAUGCAGUGUCUGGGUCACCCCUGUAAUGAUAAUAAUCCUUCUUGAUAAAACACUUUGUGGUCUUAGGAUAAUAGGGCCAUGAGAAAGUAAUGUAUUGUGAUUAUCAUUAUCAUCAUAACCUUUUCUGGCUGAAAGUACAGUGCAGGCUAUUUUUCUUACUCUAUGUUCUUACUGUGUGAAAAAAAGAGGACACAACAUUAUAUUUUUGCUGAUCUUUCUCAUCCCGUGACUCUGAGAUCCAAUAACCUGUCCUGAACUUUGAUAUCUGGCAAUGUCUGAAAAUAAAUAGGGUCUUUAAGUAAAUGGCGCCAGACAUGAGACCCUCAGAUCCAAAAUGAAAUAGUCAACUAAGCUAUAACUAUAAUUUAUGAAGUUUCGUGUGUGGUUUCAAGUUCAUGUUUCUCCAGCUCUUUUUCUAUUUCCUUGUUAAUUUAAUGAAAUUUGUGACAACCAUAAAUUAUGCAUUCAUUGUAAUUAUAAAAGUUAGAGGCCUAAUAUUUUAACGUGGAAAUUUUGUUUGUUUCUUAGAGCUCUACCUAGCAAGGUCUCUCUCAAUGAUUAUUUUAACUAUGUCUACACUAGACAAUUUAUUCAGUAGCAUUUAUCGCGCGCUUACUGUGUGCAGAGCACCUUACUAAGAGCUUAGCACUGUCCUAAGCGCUUAGCCCUGUAUGAAGAGGAGAAUUGGCACGUACCUUGCGAUUUGGGGCAGUAUCGACAGUCAAAUCGGAAGAGUCAGGGCAAAAAUUCUUCUUUGCAAAUCUGCCCAACAGUUGACAUCUCUUCAAUUCUCUUUGUGUUCGGUAGACCUGCCCCGAGAAUCAGGAGGAGCCUUUGAGGAGGCUGGCAUUCUCCCACAUUUUGCAUUUUGUAUUGUUUAAUCUAAACAAAAUACUUCGUUAAAGAAGUUUAGUCGACUCUUAUAUGUGUUUGUAAUCUAAUGGACAUUGUGGCUCUUUCGCAUGUGUUCUUUGUUUGUGUAUUUAUAUUUAGAAUUUUUCCCAAGUGGUGGACAAAGAAGAGAGUGAACAUAAAAGUGUAAAUUUGUAAAAUAGCUAGCUUUGGGGGAUGGAUAAAGCUAUGACAUGUACAGGUCUGUCCUUGGGCUGAUAGCGUGUGGACCAUUUAAGGCAGACUAGCACUGUAAUCAAUUCCUUUAUAUGGAUUCUGGGACUUGAAGUGAAAGGAACGAGGCACCUUCUUGAUGGGAGACUCCAUCAUUAUCAUCUAUGAAAGUGGCAUAAAUUAAAUUAGAUUUUCAAAAAAUGGGCCACCGCGGGUUUUAGAUAUACGGCGGGUUAAUAAAUUCCUGAUCAUAACUUUGCAGACCUUCCGAAGGAAGUAGACUCAUGAAGUGUGCAUUCUAAACCAGUGUUUUCAGCUUUCUGUUUAUCCCGAGGAGUCUGACGACAUAGGAAAUGGUCUGUAGGCGCUUUCUCUCUCUCUUCCCAAAAGAACAUGUAUUGCCCCAAACCUGUGGAAGUAAGCCCGUGCCUUAGAAUUUCAAAAUAUGGGCAUAUGUAAUAUCUUCGUGCAUCCGUGCCGGGCCCCCAUAAGAAAAGCAAACAUGACAACCCCCAGAAUUACCCGGCAGCGUUCAGGAGAUUGCCAAGUCAGGCUGUGAACUGUGGCACAUCUGUUGGAAAUCAAUGCUCUAAGCGAUAAAGCUGAAUGAAUACCAGCCCCAGGGUAAAAACUCCCACCUCAGUGAGGUGAAUUACCCCAUCCUCCUCCUCUCUCCUCCCGCACGUUUCCCACAAGUGGUCAAAUUUUGGGGGAGCUACAGAAAGUCAAGCAAGCUCCUUUGGCUUCCUUCGUGAUUCGCUUCUUGGAGCAGGUUGGGUCCUAUUGGGAUUGGCUUCUAAAUCUGAAAACCUUGUGCGGGACACAGGGAAAUUUACUCCAUUCUGCCUUAUUUUCCCUCCCAAACCCCUCCCUCACAUCUCUCUCCCUUUGCAUGAGGAGGGAAAGUUGGUUCCUCAGCAUUAAUUAUAAUAAUAAUAAUUUAAUAUCUGUACCUUUUGAACGUUUGUAUACAUGUACAUAUUUCAUUAUUCGGUGUCACUACGUUGGCUCCGCACGACUGGCAAUUCAAGUUUCUAGUGUAUUGUUUUGGCACCUUGUUUCUUUUAUCCUUUGGUGAUAAUUUUAUCCACAUAUUUUCUUAUAUAUAUAAAUGGCUAUAAAACCUUUCUAUGGAGAUGACACAUGAUGUAAAUGAUGAUGUGAUUUUAAAUAAAUGCCGUUUUUCAAAUAACUUA